AUGAACGACUUUGCCACUUUAGAAAAAACUAUAGUACGUGAACUCUCCUGCCGCCUGUGUCUUUGCAAUGAUGUUAUCAAACUAAAGCCCCUCAGUGCCGAGGUUAAGCGAAAGAUUAAGAAAUUAUAUGAUAUCGUUAUACACACAGACGAUUGUCUACCGAAAGCCAUAUGCCACGACUGUCUGCAACAAAUCAGUAAUUCAUACAUCUACGCAGUUAAAGUAGAGAGAACCCAAAAGUUUUUAGAGUUUCACAAAUGUAAAACGAUCGAAGAAAAGCAAGGUGCCAACACAAAAGGCUACCCCAUCAUUACCGAUUUAUCAGUAAAGAAUGAUACACCAAAUCCAAAUUCGAACAGUCCACCAAAACCAGCGUCACCAACAGAUCUGCAACAGGGCGAUACUAAAGCAAAACCCAAGCAAGCGAAGAAGAAAACUCCAGCAGAUAUGAAGUAUUUAGAAGCGAUGCCAUUAGAGGAAUUCGCUAAAACUGAAAAAGUAGAUAAGUCCUUACUAAACAGUACAACAUCUGCGAACACAAAUCCCGUACAGACUGGGUUAGCUGAAAGGAAUAUUGACGAUGAUGUUACAAAUGCAGAAUUGGAUCCAAUCGUAAUAGUCGAUGGGAGACCAGCUAAGCAGGGCCCGGCGCUUGAUAGGCAAAUAACACUGUUUUACAAGAUGGAAUGUUGCAUCUGUCAUGAAACGGGUUUCCAUUUUAGGUCGCUAAUGAAACACUAUAAAGAUAGACACGGCGUACCGGGCUACGUGACUUGUUGCGAUAAAAAAUUCCACUAUUUCUACCCGAAAAAAAUCAUUGAACACAUGGCUUACCACCUUCAGCCAAAUAUAUUUAUGUGCCAAAGUUGUCAUCAGAACUUCCAAACGUCACAGGAGCUGACGGAGCACCAGACAAACGGCGGUCGAACGGAAGGCAAGAUAAUAUGCCCCCGGUGUUCAGACCGUUACCCCACAUACAAGGAACUGGGGACGCACAUUGUCACGCAUAGGACAGACAAACUUCAGUGCGACUAUUGUGGGAAACAAUUAAAACACCACCACCGCAAGAAAACUGUAAACCACAUGGAAGAUGUUAUUCUGUGUUCUCAGUGUGUGCGGACUCUAAAAAACAUUGAAAAACAAGAAAGAGACAUUAAAGAAAAGGUCAAAAGUAAAAGCAUCGAUACGUUAACGAUGCAAAAGUAUCAGAAAUUCCGACAAGCGAUGGGACUAUCCGCCGACGAGGAAGCGUCUUCAGAUUAA